GGGGCGUGCACCUCGAGAGUCGCUCUUUUCCACUCCAGCAGGGAACCUGUGCACCCACCGAGAGAUUCGCCAUGGCCUCAGCACUGAGUUGCACACCGUUCAUGUUGUGUAUUGUGUAUAUUUAUUUAUCGUUGCUGUCUACCAGCGUAUUUUGCGACGCCGAUGCAGAAGAAGACGAACAUGCCAAGCACACGUACACGGUGGACAUGUUCAACGAGGCGGUGUCCACUGCACCCCACUUUGUCAUGUUUUACGCCCCAUGGUGCGGCCAUUGCCAGAAGUUACAGUCGACAUGGAAUGAGCUGGCAGACAAAUACAACAACAUGGACGAGCCCCCGGCGUACGUGGUGAAAGUAGAUUGUGUCCCAGACACCAAGUUCUGCUCCAAUGAACACGGGAUUAGGGGCUACCCCACGCUUAAGUUGUAUAGGCCUGACCAGGAGGCAGUCAAGUACCAGGGGCCCAGAGAUCUGCAGUCUCUGGAGACCUGGAUGUUGAAGACAAUCCAGGAGGAGCCUUCAGAGCCAGAGACCGAACUGGAGCCUCCUAAAGCGCCAGAGCCCAAGCAGGGCCUGUAUGACCUGACUGCUCUCAACUUUAAGGCCCACAUAGCCAAAGGUGCCCAUUUUGUUAAGUUCUUUGCCCCAUGGUGCGGUCACUGCAAAGCGAUGGCCCCAACCUGGGAACAGCUGGCCACCACCUUUGAGCACUCUGAUGAUGUCAAAAUAGCGAAGGUGGACUGUACACAGCAGUACGAGGCAUGCUCAGACAACGGUGUCCGUGGAUACCCCACACUGCUCUUCUUCUACAAUGGACAGAAGACCGAUCAGUUCAAAGGAAAAAGAGACCUGGACUCUUUCAAAGACUUUGUUGACAACCAACUGAAGGCUGUCGUCGCUCAGGCGCAAGAUCAAGAACCAAAUGAGGAACCAAAAGCAAAUGAGAUCCCCGCUGAUGAGCCGGCGCAGGAGGCAGUGGAGGCGGCCGAGUCCAGGGUUCUGGACCUCACAGAGACCAACUUUGACGAGACUGUGGCAAAGGGCCUCACCUUUAUCAAAUUCUACGCUCCGUGGUGUGGCCACUGUAAGAACCUCGCUCCGACAUGGGAGGAUCUUUCCAAGAAGGAGUUUUCCGGCCUUACUGACGUGAAGAUAGCCAAAGUUGACUGCACUGUUGAGCGCACACUCUGCAACAAAUACUCCGUUCGAGGUUAUCCCAGCUUGAUUCUCUUCCGCGCGGGGGAGCAGGGUGACGAGCAUCAUGGCGGGCGGGACCUGGAGAGCCUGCACAGCUUUGUGAUGAGGCAGGCCAGAGACGAGCUGUAGCCAAAACCCUCCACCACUCUGCUGCAUAUCUGGCCUGUGGGACACCACUCUCUCUCCUACAGUAGCCAAACCUCCCUCUAUCUCUCCCAUCUCGGGUUCUCUUCAGAAAGGAGUCAGACAAUGACUGAAUGUUUCAGCACAGGUGUUUCUUUUGGGGGGGGGGAUGUGGAUACAUUUUUCAUUGCUGUUGCCCAACCUUUUAAUGAAAAAUAGUUUCCUAUUGGUUGGGUGUGGGCAUGAAGAAAUACGUCUGGAACCACUCUGCAAGCACUGCUCAAUAAACCAGAAUUCCUUGCAGCAACAGGUCUUCUGUGAAACGGGUAGCACUAAAGGAAAGCAGCGCAACUUUCUGCCGGUUAAAAAAAAGUCUUCCGUAGCCAUUUGCCUUUUUUAAUUGCUAUAUUUUUUUAACGUGGGAUCUGUUGUUAAAUCACAAGCCAUGCAUGUUAAGGUACUGUCACUUGAACGUUAGUGUCACCCAUAUGUGAAGUAGAGGCCACUCUAUCCAUGCCAGCGAUGGCUUGUCUAACUCGAGGAAACGCCCCAAAGCCUCAAAGAAGUAGUGAUGAAUGAAUCGUGAUCACAGAUCCGAUGUUUUUUUUCUUGAAGACGAUGGUCAUCUUUUGGAAAGAGAAAUAAAUUAGGCAGACUUGGUAUGCUGACCCAUUUUCUGACUCAUGUGAUCUCAAUCAUUCAUCACUACUCCUCACACUGAUCUAUUCUCAUCUUAGUGGUUGAACCAGCUACCUCUUGAGUAACUUAGCUUUCCUGCUCCUAGAAGUUAAUUAUCUGACGUGUCUGUCACAAACGGUGACAUUAGUCUUGCCUUUCCCCCUCUGAUUAAAACCUUUUUUUUUUUA